GUGUGCAUGAGGAUUGAGAGAGAAAACGUGGUCGCGGAGAAGCCUAGCAUUUUUAGCUAGUUUGCGAGUGUGAAUGAGUGAAUGAAGUGCCAUACAGGCUCAAAUAUUUAGUAUUAUUUAUUUUUGUAUGUAGUCACGUUUGUCACAAACGGACAAGGUGCAAAGACACUAUUUGAUCAAGGCAGCUGGCUGAGUUUGUGCUUGCAAUAGUGUUGAAAAUGUCCAUGGGCAGUCAGAAGACCACCAGUCAGGCAAUUCCAACCACCAGACGAGUCAUACUCAACGAUGCGGCCCAUCUGCCUCAUGAUUACUCGACAACACCCGGGGGGACCCUUUUUAGCACGACUCCUGGAGGCACCCGGAUCAUCUAUGACCGAAAGUUCCUGCUGGACUGUCGCAGCUCUCCAUUGGCCCGCACACCGCCCUGCUGCCUGCCUGACAUUCCUGGGGUGACCAGUCCUCCUUCAGUCACCGUGAAUAAUGAAAAGGCCUACCCUAAACCCACUGUCAAUAAUAACAGCAUCAGCCCCCCGGUGGACAAGAGCACAGGGGAGGAUGCCCAGUUUGAAAUGGACAUCUAACUACAGUAGAGGAACUGCUACACGAAGGAGACGACGACUGUAAUGAAUAUUACUGUGAUGAUAAAGAUGAUUACUGUUCCCAGAGAGGAUAAAUGCACAGAAGACUUCUCCUUCCAUGUCAUCUGUCUUGUUUUUUUCUUGUUUUUUUUUUGUCAUUGAUUUACUGUUCAAAUGAUAUUUUCCUUUCCUGUACUGAUGCUGUCGCUCAAGACGCGCACAAAGCCAUUUCUUUUGAUUCUCGACAUCAGCUAACACUGUUGUGCCUGAAAGAGCCACUAUUUCAGAUAGUGCAUCCUGAGCACAUCGAUGCAGCUCUACUUCUGCCUAAGACAUGGGGGACGUUUUCACAGGCCGCCAUGCCACACUUUGUUUGAUACAGAUUUGUUUGUGUAGUUUUUCAGAAUGGUCAGUAGAGGGAGCAACAGUUCUUUUCUUAGUGGUUUUCUCAUGCAGAAUCAUGUGGGGGAAAUCCAACUCCUGAAGAUUUAACAUGCCAUGACACUGAAUUUGACCACUUUCCAUUAGGUGUUGAUACUUUUUGUAAUGGUAAAAUCUAAUCUUUUGUUUAUCCUGAAUACUCGAUUCACCUAAAGUGUCAUUCAACAGAAUGUAAAAUGCCUUUUUUUGGCUGUGAAGUUCUCUAAACUGCCCUGUUAUUCCUGAAGAGACAUUUAAGCAUUAAAAAAACAUCAGAGAA